UAUUGUUGCUAAAAUUUACCGCGAAAGUGCGAUAAACAUUGUUGAGAAAUAGUGCAAUUUAUACGUUGAAGAUACUUUAGACUGGAUUAAAAUAAUGCAGAAGUGACAAAUUGCAUUGCAGAAAAGCCAACUGUUGUAAAAAUGAUGGUCACAGCCGCUCAAGACCCUGUUGGUCUCCGGGCAAUACUCACAUCAGUCCAGGAUAAAUCGCUAUGCUCAGAAGAUAAGGUCGAUGCCUACUUGGCCUUCAGCGAGAGACUAAGAGGAGACCUAAAGGAUUUCAACAAAGAAGUAUGUGAGAAUUCAGUCCGACUAUUUAACUCAUUUGUGCGUGAUAUAGUGAGUGAAGAUGUUGAACUGACACAUGCUGCCAUGCAAGCUCUGGGGUUCUGCCUUCAUGACUCAAAUAUAGCAGGGUCCAUGAGUGAGGAAAUGUCCUUACAGGUCAUAAAGGCCUUGUGUACAUCAAUAGUGAAAACCACAGAUAAAACAACAUGCACUCGAGGGCUCUGGUGCCUAUCGAAACAGAAUUUGCCUCUUGGUAUCCUUGAGGGGGAAUUACAUACAAUUCUAUGUGCCAUAGAGCAUGCAUUAUGCAGUAACCACUUCCAGAGUAUUACCGUUGAACAUGAGGCCAUCAAUGCUGUAGUAAGGCUCCUAGAGCAGUUACCAAAACAGAUGAAAGUCCACGUGACAAGAUGGUCAAAGCUUGUCUACCCCUUACUUGUACAUUCAGCAUCCAAAGUGCGUGACCGUGCACUCAUCGCCAUGGAGAUGGGAAUGGCUGCUAUCUUGUCUCAUCAGGAGGAAAUAUCAGUUACCAUGGUGCCUCAUUUGAAGACUAUGAUCCUUGGAGAAUUGAAGAAACUGAUGGCCAGCAAACAUGAAACAUAUACCAUGAAAGUAUGGAUCAUAUUUGUCAAGAUUCUGGGAAAGAAGCUGCAUCAUGGAGGACUCAUCAACCAAUUCCUUGGCAUUGUAGAACAAGCAUUCAAGUCUGCCAGUCCUGCCACUAAGUGUGUUGCCUUCAAAGCCUGGAAGCAACUUAUCGACACAUUUGCCCUGGAUACAAAUAUCCUGAGUGACCCAAAGCGGCUGAAGCUUCUUAUGCAAGUAUUCAAGCUGAAUAAUGCUAAGUUAGAAGAGAUAGCUUUAGUAAAACUUGAUGCUUGGUGGCACUUGGUGUGUCAACUAGGUGAAAAAGUCUCUGUACACUUUGAUAUGGUGGUUGCUCCUCUUCUUUCCUUCUGUUUUGGGCAACUUGGGGCAGACUUGAAGACCCCUUCUAAGAUGUCCAAACUGCCUGGUGGUCUCUCAACACCAACUCUUCAGAGAAUGGGUUCAACAGGGUUCGGCAGCCCAGCUACCCCAAGAAUGUCCCUAGUCAACAGCCCUGGGGCCAGUAGUAGUGUAAAACCAUUCAGUUCAAUACAGAAACUUGGUGCAGAGAUUUUGGCUCAAUUAAUAGGUGGCGCUCAAGGGGAUAGUGACCUUCCCACUUACAAAUCUACUUUAGAGAGGCUACAGCAUGACGUCAUCAGUACACCUGCGUUCUUUUCCCGUCAUGCCUCGUUGUUCAUUGCUGCUGCCAGGAUGUGCUUCACCAGCUGCGAAGAUGACCUAGAUGAGAGCCUUUUAUACCAUACAUGGUAUGCUUUAGUGGCACAUGUAAAGAAUGCCUUGGAGUUGUCAACUAAGAAUGACAAUGGCUCCAUCUUUAGCUACUUCUUGUCAACGUUCCAAGAAAUUGUCAGCUCCACAAAAAUGUCCAAAUUAGGAGUUUUAAAACUGUAUGAGGCAGUUUGUUGCCUGCCUAGGCCUGCCCUGACCUCCCCUGCCUAUGAAGUUGGAAGUGUGAUGCAUGGCACACCAGUCCUUUUCCUUGUGCAACUGAUUCUGGACCCUGUUGCUAUAGAAACCUACCUAGAACAUGAAAGAUUUUUCAGUGUAUUUGAAACACUCGUAAAUGUUGGAAUGUCCAAUUCUUCAACUGCCCUUACUUUUGCACAAUCUGUCUUGAAAUUGGUUGAGAAGACAACAAGUGUCCUUGACAACAGGGAGUUGCUAUGGCGAUUGUGGAGUGUUGUUAUUCAUCCGCUAAUGGAGCAUGUAAUCAAGAGCAAUGAAGUGAACCAAGGGGAUGCGCUGGAGCAUAACUUUGAAUGCAUGUAUGCUUCAUUAACUCUACCUGUUGUGCACCUGUUCACAGCUGAUCUACACCAGGCAAGUUUGAGGACAAUCAUCAAGACUUGGGGUGAUCUAUACAGAACAUUCGCCAGACUCUCAGCCCUGGUCACCAAUGCUGAAGCCAAUAUAGGCACUGAGGAAUUGUGUGCUCGUAUUGCAUCAGCACUGCCUCAAGAUCAACUGCAGAACCCCAUGGCUCUUGAGGCCGUAAGCCAAGCCUGCCAUGUCAUGGUAGACUCCCUUGACUUCUCCACAUUUUCAAACACAGCGUUUAACCUAAAAACCCCAUUGAGUCCAUCCAAGUGGAGUAAGAGGAAGUCAAAGCCACUUGGAAAUCUCCACUCCUUCACCAAACUCACAGCUAGAGUCAUAGAGGCGUUUAAUACACACCAGCAAGAGGCUAAGGGUCAGAAACUUGUUGCAGGCAUGCAAAAUACAGGGAACAACAUUGUUAGUGUCCUCGCUACACUGUUCAACCAUCUCCCAAGCUCUACUUGUAUUGCAAACAUUCUAAACAAGUUGGCCAGCCCUAUAUCAGAACUCUACCAGCCCAGCAAUGCUAAGAGCUACAGCGGAGCUUUUGGUCAAAAGCUUGAGAAAUUGUGGCUAGACAUAUGUUCCUGCAUACAGGGGCGUUAUACAAGUCUGUAUGACUCUGAAUUCCUGGCUCACAUCUCUCCCCUACUUCAGCAGACCCUUUGUCAUCCUAGACGCCAGAUCAAGACCCAGGCAAUCACAUUCUGGUCGGCUACUUUUGCUAAAAGUUCAGAACUUGAUUAUCCUGAAUCUUUGAAGCCAGUGUUGAUAAAAGCUAAAGCCAAGACUUCAUUAAAGCUACCAGGGUUUGACUCUAGCAGCGUGGCUACUAUAGAAGAGACACAAAUCAGUCAAAUGAGCCAGGCUGAGACACAAAUCUCGAUGCCUCACCUAGCAGGUAUACCAUCUCCCCACAAACUGAAGGGCAGCUUUAUGAACAAGACAGCUUCCCCAAAAGUUAAGAAAUCACCAUUGAAACCAACUUCAAAUGGAUCCCCAGCUUCUGUGAGACGCAAGCUCCCCCUUUCUUCAAUGGAUGAUAUGAAUUCACGAGAUUUUGUUGUGAUCCCAUCAUCACCCGCUCGUAAAAGACGCAUUUUGACAGAACACCAAAAAGAGGUCAUGAAAGAAAAGACGUUUGUGCCAGCUAUGUAUUCAGGGGCUGAUGUGUCCAUGGAUGGAAGUCUAAUGGGUCAGUUUGACCUUUCCACACAGACACAGUAUUCCCAGCCUGAUACUCCAGGGGCGUAUGAGAGCAUUGUUAACCCUUUUGCUUCCAAGAGACAGAAACUUGAUGGUGGAAAAGAAAAAGUCACUGAGCGUGUCGUUGAAAAGGAGGUAGCUCCAUUUAAAGGGUUGUUUACAAAGCCUGAUUCAAGUUACGUCCCUAAACUAGAACAGCCCAAGCGACGCAGAUCAGUGCGGUUUUCCAAAGAUGAAUCAAACGAAAGCACAAAAGAUCAAGACCUUAUAAAGAACAUUAUUGAGACAUCUAUUGAUAAAGUUAUUAAGAACACUGAAAAUGUGGAUAGUGACAAUGAAGGAGUUAAUGCUCCAGAACCUGAUUCCGUACAAGUGAUUGAUAAUGACUCUCCACAGGUUGUUACAAUCACUGACAACAGCCAAGAGGAGCAGAAUGAACCAGAGGAUAUAUCAAAUGUUGUUGAGGAAGAACAGCCUGAUAAGAAUGCUUUAGAACAUACUGAUAAAGUGGAGGUGAUUAAUAACACUCCAAAGAGCAAGCAUAAUGAUUCAGAUGAAUCAUUCCAUAGUGCAACUGAGGAAGUUCUGAUUGAAGAAGUAAAUGAAUCUGCUGAAAAGGCAGCCUCUGAACCUCCUUCCCAAUCUCUACUCACCUUGCCAUCAGAAUCAUCCAAAAGGGAAUUAUUCAAGGGAAAUAGAGGAAGGAAUUCUCCUAGGAAGACUUCAAGGUCAAAGGUCAGUCAGUCUCCUCAGAGGAGGCAAACUCCCAAGAAACCUGAGCAGAAAUCAACGAUUGAUAAAUGGCUGGUGAAAUCUCCAAGGAAACCUACAGAGGUGACUGAUAGUAUAACAUUAGUAGAGGAUACACAGGAUGGGUUCUCACCUGUCGAGAAAGUUAUCAGUCAAACAGAAAACUCAACAGAAAAUGUAAUUGAAGAAACACCCUCCCCAGCUAAACAAGAUGGAGGGAAAGAUGUCGAUAGAAAUGCUUUGGAAGAAGCAGCCAAAAACCUGUUUGCUGAUGACAAGACUAUCGGAACUCCAACGAAGAGUGUAGAAAGUUCAAAAGACCUGAGAGAUAAUGAAGCAAACAUAAAAUCAACAAAAGCAAAACCCAAUCUUGAAGCUCUUGAUGAAAGUAGUCAAAGCCAAAUGGGGACUCCUACAAAGGUCAAACUACUUGCAGUGAAACUUAAAAGACUAACACACAGUGAAAUCAAAAGUUAUAGUCCCAGAAAGAGCACACAAGAGAGUCUUAUAGGAUCCAUAAGGGAUGAGAAAUGUGAUAAAGAUACCUCAGAACAUGAUGAUUUCUCACAAAUAAAACCACUCGAAGAAAACAAAAAUGACACUGAAAACCAACCUGAUAUGUUCCAAAGUUCACUUGGUUUUGAAUUAGCCUCUGGUUUACAAAAGGAAUCUCCAAAUAACGAAAGCAAAGAUUCAGAAAAGGAAAGCCCAAUGAUGGAACAAGAGGAACCAGUAAAACAAGCCAAUAAUAGUGUAGAAAACAAAGAUGAAGUUGCAGAAGAGUUGGAUGAGGUUGAUUCUAUAACACCUGGUGGAAGUGAACCGAUUGAAUCACAACAAACUGACAAUGACUUGUCCCAAUCUAUUGAAAGCCAAAAUGUUAAAAUUGACCAGCCUCCAAUUAAAAGGAAAAGGGGGCGACCUAAAAAGGUUAAGAAAGUAGAUGAAAAUACAAUAUCUUUAAGUAGCUCUGAGUCUUCCCAGUUCAGUACAGACUCUGGAUCCACCUUAAUCUCUGAGUCAAAAACAUUCAAAAGACGUACAAAGAAAUCAAAAGCAGUAAGCAAAAAGGAGGAAAAUUCUGAAAGUACUCAAGAUAGUGUUGAUUGUGAAAAGCAAGUUGAAUCUGAGUCUUUAACAGACAGUAUAAGUUGUACUCUGAAGUCUGAAGUGAAAAAAGUGAAGAAACAUAAAGCGAAUAAGCAAAAAAUUGUAGUGGAAAUUGAACCUGAAACACCAGUUGAUUCAGAAACUAGCCAGUAUGGACCUUUACAUGAACAAGAAACACUAGAAUGCCAAAAUGAUCCCAUUCCAACUAAGCCUAUAGAUGCUGAUGAAAUUCCUGAAAAUGAUAAGGCAACUGGAGAUAAGGAAGGAGAACAAAAAGAUUCAAUUCAAGUUGAUAAUGACAUUACCUUUACAUUCUCUCAGGGAGACCAAACUGAUGCUCAAAUCGAUAACAAUGAAUUUAAAAAUGAAGACAUUAAACAAAGGGAAGACUCUGCUCUUGAUGACAGCUUCACAGAUAGCCAACCUCUGAGUAAAUUUGUUGCAAAGAAAAAGGCAAAAUCCAAGAAAAAAUCAGAUAAUAAACAAAAAGCAAAGAAACUUCAAGAGGCUACUGAUGUUGCGAAAACCAAACUGGACAAGUUGAAACUAAAAACCAAGAAGAGGAAACGAGCUGCAAAAGCUUUGGAGGAUUCUCCUGAAAAGAUUGUUGAGGAUUCACCAGAAAUUGUUGUUGAGGUACAAAAGGAGUGUAAUUUGGACUAUAGCAGCGAUGAUGAUCUCCCUUUGAAUUCACUAAGUGAAAAACUCAACAGUAGUGGAGAAAGUGAAAAUGUUGAAAAACAAGAGAGAAUCCAAAAUGAGAUUGAAAUUAAUGUUGUUGAAGAGGACAGUGAGCCAAAAGAUUCAGAAAUUAAGAUUUCUUCUGAGCCUGUUAUUACUGAUUCUUGUGAAGAUAUGUUUGGUGAAUCGGAAAAACCAAUCAUAGAAGACUUGAAGGAAACUAAAGAAGUGACAAAAAAUAAUCGGAAAGGAAAAUCACCCAAAAUUGUUAGAAGUCAGGAAAUGGAAAAGAAAAGAUUGGAGAUCAAUAUGACAUCACCCAUAAAUAAAAGACUGAGAUCAAAGAAACCUUUAGUUCGAAGUGCCUCUCUGAACAGGUCAUUUGAAAAGUUAAAGAAGAAGCAGAAAAAGCCACGAAGAUCACUCUUUGAACUAUCCACCAAACAAAAACAAAAUCAUGAAACUGGGGACAAAACUGUAAAAGAUGAAGAGAUCGCUCUCAAAGAGGAAAAGAAACCAGAAUUUGAACUUUAUGAUGCUAAAACUCUUAAAAAGAUAACAAAAGAAGAAAUUGAUAACCCAAAAGAUAAUAACUCAGAAGAAGUGGUCCUUAAAGAGGAAAAAAUAACUGAAACAAAGCCUGAAGAACCAUUUGUCAAUGAUACUUCUGGACAGUCUAAGAUAUUUUCAAGUCCUCAAAAGUCUGAAGAGCCAGAGAUGCCAGAAACCCCAACAUCAGCCAAUCGGCACCAGUCUCGUGGUGCAAUCAUGCUAGAGAGAGCCAUUAAAUUAGGGUUAAAACAACAAGCAGUAAAAACAUCACCCACAACAACCAGAGUAACCAUGAUGCGGCCAAGUUUCAAACGUCCAAUCAUUAAAGUCGCAAAACACUCCAGGGCAAAUGACCGAGCCUCACCAGUGACAUCAGCAAACACUAGCCCUAGUUUUCAUCCAAUCGAAGUGCGGCGUAUUUAUUCUCCAUCGGCUUCACCUUCUGCGGGGAUCUUGAAGAAACGCAGAUUUACUGAUGGUCCAAUAGGCUCAGACUCUCCCUCACCUCCUAAUAAGCAAAGGCGUGUCUCAUUCGGAGAGCCUCAGAUAUUUGGAGAAGAGUCCCGUUCUGUGGAUAGAGGGAGUCCAAGGCCAGUCAACAGAUGUCUAGAAUUACCACGCCAGAGUCAACUUAAAUCGCAGUUCAAUCCCUCACCACUUGUGACUACCACUCCAUCAAAAGUGGUUGCUUCUAGUUCUGAGAAGUUUAUAACUACCCCUUCAAAACAGACCAGUAAGUGCAAUACAAGCCCCAGUGACAGUGACAAAACAUCAUUUGCAGUACCAAGCUCUUUAACAAAGAGAAAACAAGAGGCCAUUUCCCAGAGUCCUUCAAGCAGUGGUCCUACUCAGGGAACAUAUCAGAUUACCCAGGAGUCUCAGCUAGACAACACCAAGCCUGUUCACCCUCCUUUGGUCACUUGUGUUGAUAGUUUAGAUAGUAUCAUCCCCCAGUUGACAUCUUCAAUGUGGGUUAGAGGCCUAGAAUCACUACUGAAGGCCAGAAACAUUGUAACAAUAGGCCAGCUGUGUUCACUGACUGAAUAUGAGGUACAGCAACUUCCAAUCAGGUCCCCUAAAGUAGCAACACUGCGUAAAGCCUUGACAACAUACAAGGUAAUAAACAAAACUGCCAUGGCCAGUCUUGAAGAUGCCACGUCAAUUCUUGAAGAUGCCAUGGCCACACCCACUCUUGAUGAUGCCACAUCUACUCUUGAAGAUGCACAGCCCAUUCUUGAAGAUGCCCAGCCCACUCUUGAAGAUGCCACACCCACUCUUGAAAAUGCCACACCCACUCUUGAGGAUGCCACACUCAAUUCUGAGGUUACCACGCCUACCAAAGCUCCAUGCUCUGAUUUGAAAGAUCUGAAUGCAACCAGCACACCAAUGAAGGCAGACUCCCCUGUGAAAGGCUCAAGUCAAGGUCCUGAGGAUGAAAACAUGCAAACAGACAUAGAAGAACUUUUAGAAACUUCAGGUGAAUUCUUAGACGAGGUAAACAAGUUAUCUCAGAGUAUUCAAGAAGACGCUGACCAAUCAAAUCCCUCUGCUGAAUCAUGUGACAAAACUGACCAAUUAAACAUUGAUGUAGAAGCAGGAAACUCAACGCCAGAUAAUUUAAUGAUGAUGCUACGAGAACUCUCAGAGAAAUUAACCCCUGAACAGUGCCGGAGACUCCCCAGUGCUGACAUUUUCCAGGCACAUAGUUAUUUGAAUGUUAUGAUGUCAUCAGUGAUGACUGCAUUGAAGUCAAAGUGCCAUUCACCUAAAUAAAUGACAAGGACUGUCCAGGAGUUUGUUACAUUCAUGUAAACAAGGAAAGAAAUGAGCAGAGACCAAAUUCGAAAUUGUACACAAAUACAAGAGGUCCAAGAUGAGAGGAGGAAAAGAUACUGUCUAGUACAUUUACAAUGCUGUUAAAGAUAUGCAAGGUUUAAGUUGUAUAAGGUGGACUGGUGUGGUUUAUAAUCGAUACAUACAUUUUUAUUUUAAAACCUAUUAUCUGUAAUUCUUAAAAUUGAAUUAGAUAUUAUAGACACUUAAUGAGAAAUAUGGGUGGUAUAACUGCAUCUAUUUUAUUCCUCAUUGAUUCUACAUACAUUUUCAAAAUGUUAUUCCCAUUUUCUUUCAGCAUUCUUUCAUUUGAAUGUUUGUUCGAUCAAUUUUUUCAUUCAAUUUUAGUUGAGAAAAUGAACAAAGCAUUGUGUGUUAAAUAUGUUUAAAACAUUGAAUUACUUUAAUUGGAAUUAUUUAUACUUAUCUAAGAUGGACCACGUUAUAGUGCAUUCACAAUGGUCAAGUGUUUGUUUUAUUAUUGUUUUAUACUACUUACUUGUACAUUGCAGAUUUUAUAUUACGUUGUAUCGUAUUGCAGGUUAUCUUGUCAGACAAAUUGCAUUUGGAGAUGUUUUGUUAUACAAUGAUAAUCUGAUGUGAAAGAUUUGAAAUGCAAUUCUCAAG